GGAUUGCAAGUUUUGUUUUUAAUCUUGUUGCUAUGUUCCCACUGACACUAGCAACCUGACAGUGAUUCAAGGACAGAGCGGAAGAUGAAUAGCAGAGGGGACAAACAGAACAAGUUCCACGAUGACUUACCGGUUUUUCAGGGAAGUAAAUAGUGGCUGCGCCAAUAAAUGGCGGUUUGUCCAGGAUUGGUUCUAGAUACACUCGGAUUCUUCCCUUGAACUGCCGGAGAGAAAAUGGAAUUCAAUUACUAAUUGCAGGAUAGAAAAGAAUGCAAUUCAAUUUAGCAUUAAUAGCCCUGCAGAUAUGGCGUCCCUUAAGAAGAAUGGAAGCAGCUCUCGCUUACAGGACCGGAAGCCACCCAACCUCUCCAUUACCAUCCCCCCUGUGGAAGGCGAGCGAGACCCCAAAUUAAUGCAGCCUCUCACCAAGCCGGUGUUCCAGAAGAGCGUCAGCCUGCAAGAGCCACGGGGCCACGUGGCAGAGGGGGGCACUGCGGAUGUGAGACCAGGCUUCAAAAGGCAGACAUCUCUUUCUCAGAGCAUCAAAAGGGGAACAGCUCAGUGGUUCGGCGUGAGCAAUGACUGGGAAGGGAAGAGGCAGCAGUGGCAGAGGAAGAGCCUCCACCAUUGUAGCCUCCGCUAUGGAAAACUCAAACCCCAGUACCAGAGGGACAUUGAGCUUCCAAGCCAGGAGACUCCCUCUUUCCAGGCUACUGAGUCACCAGCUACACACCGCCUACCCAAGAUAGUGGACCCAUUGGCAAGGGGUAGACCAUUUCGUCAUCCCGAUGAGGUAGACAGGCCGCGGACCCCCCAUGUGGGCUUGCCCCCACAGACCCCUGGGAUGUUAUCACUAGCUUCCUUCACCAGCGUGCGCUCAGGUUACAGCCGCUUCCCUCGGCGCAAGAGAGAGAGUGUGGCCCACAUGAGCUUCCGUGCAGCAGCUGCCCUGAUUAAGGGCCGUCCCAUUUUGGAUACCCCACACAGCCGGAAGGCAGGCCAGAAGAGAAGCUUUAUCUACCCCAGCUUUAUGGAUGAGGACACGGUAGAUGCUGCAGAAACUCUGGACUCUUCCUUCUUUAGUAAGGUGGAUAUGCACGAUGAGACCUUCUCAAUGCCAGAUGACGUCUUUGACUCUCCCCCUAUGUCUGCCUCCUAUUUUCGGGCUCCGUUACCAAUUCCGGAAUUGAUGCCUGGAGCAGCUAUAGAAGCAGCGAAAGAGCCUGUGAAGUCUGUUCAGGUUUAUACCCCCGACCAUCGAAGGGGUAAGCGUAUUGCCUCCCAAGUAAAACACUUUGCAUUUGACCGCAAAAAACGCCUCUAUGGCCUGGGGGUGGUGGGGAGCUGGCUAAACCGAACAUACAGGCGGAGCAUCAGCAGCACUGUGCAGAGCCAACUGGAGCACUUCAACAGCCACAGGCCUUAUUUUGCAUAUUGGAUCACCUUUGUCCACAUCCUUAUCACCAUCCUUGCCAUCGCUACGUAUGGCAUUGCACCGAUAGGCUUUGCUCAGCACACCACCAGCGAACUGGUGCUCAGGAAUAAAGGUGUUUAUGAAAGUGUGAAAUAUAUCCAACAGGAGAACUUCUGGAUCGGGCCGAGCUCAAUUGCUCUGAUCCACCUCGGUGCCAAGUUCUCCCCUUGCAUAAGGUACGAUGAGCAAAUAAAGAACCUUAUAGAAAAGCAACAUGGCCUUGAGCGGGAGUCCGGCUGUUGCAUUCAGAACGAUAAGUCCGGCUGCGUACAGACACACAGGAAGGACUGUUCGGAAACCCUAGCCACGUUUAUUAAGUGGCCGGAACAUGAUGCCCCUGUGCUGGAUGAAGUCACUGGGAUGAAGAGGACAUCGGGGGCCGUUUGUCACCAGGACCCACGAACCUGUGAAGAGCCUGCUUCCAUACAACCUCAUGUGUGGGCUGAUGACAUCACUAAGUGGCCGAUUUGCACUUACCAAGCCAUGAACAAUCACACAGGGAUCAGGCACAUGGACUGUGAAAUCAAAGGGCGGCCAUGUUGUAUUGGCACUAAGGGCAGCUGUGAGAUAACUACACGGGAAUACUGCACCUUCAUGCACGGCUAUUUCCAUGAGGAGGCCACGCUCUGCUCGCAGGUCCACUGUCUGGAUGAGGUUUGCGGGUUGCUGCCAUUUUUAAAUCCGGAAUAUCCUGAUCAGUUUUACCGACUCUGGCUCUCCUUGUUCCUUCACGCUGGGGUAAUUCACUGCUGUGUGUCGGUAGUCUUCCAAAUGACAGUCCUGCGUGACCUGGAGAAGCUAGCGGGCUGGCUGCGGAUCUCCAUCAUCUACAUACUGAGCGGCAUCACUGGGAACCUCGCCAGUGCGUUGUUUUUGCCUUACAGGGCAGAGGUUGGGCCGGCAGGUUCGCAGUUUGGCCUCCUGGCCUGCCUGUUUGUGGAGCUGUUUCAGAGCUGGCAGAUUCUGGCCAAACCAUGGAAGGCCUUCCUCAAGCUCUUGGGUAUUGUCCUCUUUCUCUUCCUAUUCGGACUCCUGCCCUGGAUAGACAACAUUGCCCACAUCUUCGGCUUUCUCAGCGGGCUGCUCCUCUCCUUCUCCUUCCUGCCGUACAUCACCUUUGGCACGGCGGAUAAGUUCCGCAAGCGCGCCAUGAUCAUCAUUUCCCUGCUGGUCUUCGUCGGACUCUUUGCCUCUCUGGUUAUCUGGCUCUACGUCUAUCCUAUCAACUGGGCCUGGAUCGAGUACCUCACCUGCCUGCCUUUCACCAACAAGUUCUGUGAGAAGUACGACAUCGAUCAAGUGCUCCACUGAGCCUUCCUGCCCUCGAGGGACUGGAGGAACAUCCUACAAAGCUCAGCGGCACCAACCCUAGCUGAGAGGGGUGAUACGAUAGGCCAUGUUGGGCCUUGUGGGCACCAGUAGAUACCUGCCAGAGAAUUUCAGGAUCUGAUUUAAUGUAUCCCUCCUCCUAAGACGUUUAAAGGGGACAUGAGAUCUGUCGUUAAGGGGUCUCCCUAUACUGUGACACUCAGGAAUAACCUCCGGCCUCGAGAGAACCCUUUGUGCUGGUACGGAACUCUGGGAGGGUCAGAGCGAGACCGCCGAGCGGUUAGUAGGAAUAUAUUGUACAUUUACUCAUUGCCUCUCUGCCACCUCAGCCAGCCCCUUGGCACUGUGCCCUUCGGGGGAAAUGGGGUACAAAGAGGUAAGCCAGCACCGAUGUUUACAAAGCGUCUCUGAUCUUAACACUAGUAUAUAAACGUACCACCGGCCUAAACUGAUCCACUUUAUUGUGCACAGAACUCAGAGGAUACAGAACCAACAGAACCAUAUCAGCACAUAUCAGGCCCACUAUAGGCAUUAUUCAUUCAUUGCCUUUAUCUGCUGGUGCUGAUACAACCUCUGGUUCCGUCCACUUACUCCUACUGGGGUCUGCCCUCUUUAACUGGGGGGGUCCAAAUAGUGGGGGCAGCACUAGGGCCACGUACAUUGACAGUGCCAAGUGGAGCAGCACUUAUAGUACCAGCUGGAAUAAUUGCCAUAGGGGCAAGAUUGUGACUGCAUAUCACUGUUGCCCAACAUGUGGCCUUUCAGAACCCAACUCUAGCCAAAGGGUGGGAGUUGUAGUCCAACGACUUCCAAAGUGCCAUAGGUUGGAUAGUGACCUUUUUUAACUUAAUUAAAAAACUCUGGGUGCUAUUAACCUAAUACAGAGAAUAGUGCCCGAUCCUUGUUCAAGGGGGUACUAUGAUGCUUUAUUUCCCAGUUUUAACCCUUUACUCAGAAGAGAAGACAUUCAUUUAUUACACAGGGCACCUAAUGCUUACCAAAGCCUAUUUAGCAAGCUUCCCAGGCUCCCUUUCUUUCACCAGGGCAUUUAGGCAAAGUGCUCUCUGUAUAGUAUAAAGAGCCAUUAAUGUGAUUGGUGUAACCAUUAGUUACAGAACCAAUAUGGCUGCUUGGGAAAAAAACUACUGCCUCCUUGUCAUAAAGGAAAACCAAACAAUUUUAUAUACCCCCAUUGUGUUUAAUAAGCACUUGGUUAAGGAAUGGGAUGACCUGAUUGGCACAGAUUUGGACUAUGGGGCCCUUUCUAAAGCUGUGUGGGUUUAGAUGUCCUUUUAUUCCCAUAAUAGGGUUAAAGCUUGGGCAAUAAAUUCAAAUAUCAAUAAUCCUUUCUGUUUAAAUGAUACCCCAGAUGCACCCCGACCCCCAACCAUAAUCUGUAGUGAAACAUGGGGCCGGGUUGGUUCUAGCCCACGCAGGGUGGGGGUUACCGAACACAAAUCAUCUCGCGGAUCCGUGGAACAAAGGGCUGUAGUUGUACGAUGUGUAAAAUAGUGAUAGAAUAUUUACAUUUUAUUGCCAACUUUUGGCUAAGAAAAUACUGUUUUUUUUAAAAAAGAAAAUGGCGACCCUUUUGCUGCGCAAUGGGGUCCCCUGCGGCACUACGCCGGCCUCUUUGUACGCGGCCAUGAUGUCACGCAGAGAUCAACUGGAUCCUGGGCUUUUUGCUAAAUGUUUCUAUUUAAUUUAUUAUUUAAUUAGUGAGGCUGGCGAUUGGCACAAGUAAGGUGCCGCCCAGUGGGUGCCUCGCUUUUUGUAGGAAAAGGUGGUAGCAGUGGGGGGGCAAUCUUUUGUACCAUAGAGACGGCUGUGGGGGGGGAAUGUUUUUGUAUCUGAAAUUGGUUGAUUCCAGGAGACCGGAACAGAUUGUGAAAUAAAGACAUUUGGCUACCA